AUGCGAAGACCGGCAUCGUCGUACACCACACGGAAAACGACGACAGACGAUUGGCUGGGCUUACGGCCGAAAAGCAAUACGGAGGUAACGUCGUACGAACCAUCGUCACACGGCGGUGGUGGGCAAAAUGCGUCGAGACGGCAUGACUUAAGGCGACAGAGCACGCAACAGCGAACGUCCCGUUCGGCGGGCUUGUUGUUCAGCGACGACGACGAUGACGAUGAUAACGGAGACGACGGCAAGAAGAAGACCACCACCAACCGAAACGUUUUUGACUCGUUAGCCGAUACCACGUACCGCGGUACUGGUGCAAGUACUGUACCGUUACCGGUCACAACCACAGCCAACGGAGAUGCCGCCGUGUCUACCGACCGGAUGUGGACYGCUGUUUCUGAGCCACAGACCUUGUCGAAACGUCGAGAGACGUCACCGUCCAUCAUCACGGUCGCCAAGAAAACYACGGCAGCGUCAGAAAAUAUGCCUUCUUGGUUGAGUGGGUUAAUACAUAACACAGAUGAAGCUAACACCAUGACUAUCACUCCUCCACCUACUUCUCAUCAUAUUUUGUCCACUGACAAAAUAGUUGAUGCAAAUGUUCCACAGAAAACUGAAAGAGUUGAAAAUGAAAUCACUGAAGAAAAACAUGCUUCGAUUUUAUCAUUGCUCAGAGGAAAAGAUAACAUCCAAACGUCCAUGUUAGAAUUGAUCCGAGAGCUGGCUAAAAAAAAACAAGACAUACAGCAGGCUACAAUAACAUUGAUUCAAGAGCAGCAAAAUAGCGACCUUCUUAUUAAAGCGUUCUUAAUGGAUAAUAGUUAUUCUGUAAUGAACACCGAUACACAAGAGUUAGAACGUCUACGGUCUGAGAAUCACAAAUUUCAACUGACAAAUGAUCAUCUUUCAAAAACACAUCAACUAGAAUUAGAUGCCUUAAAGACUAAAUAUGAAUUACAGCAAAAUGUAUUGCAUGAAAAGCUAGAUCGUUAUGAGGAGCGCGUAAAUGARCUGAUAGAAGAACGAAAAGCCGAUAUGAUGGAACGGAAAGAAAAUGAAAAGCGCUUAAAAGACAUGUAUGAGGAGAGGUUACGUGUGAUGCAUGAAAGUCAUUUAAUAGAUCUCAAACAAACAGCUGAAGUUCAAAGAAUUAAAAUGAACCAUUUGGAAGAAGUUGAAUCCUGUUUACGUGAUUCAAAGCCAAAGCGUUUGACCAGCGAAGAAAUGACCGCUAGAGAGAUUUCAAUUACUGCUCAAAAUAAACAACUUAAAGAUUUACAGGAAGAGGUAGACAAGCAGAUGGCUAUGUUGGAAGGAGAAAGGUCAGCUCUUCAAAUGAAAAUCGAAGAAUUUCAAUCGAGAAAUCAACGGGAACGAAAUGAAUUGGAACUCUUUAAUAAAGAGCUAAAACGAUCAAUGAAGGCGUUUGAAGAAAGUCGUAAAACAUGGGAACGUGAAAAAAAAUCAGAAACACAAUAUAUCGAAGGACGAAAACAAGAGUUGGAGGAUGUUCGUUCGUCGGUCAUCGAAGAACAGCGCAAGUUAGCGGAAGAACGUUUUGAAGUGGCUUCUGAACGAUACAGACUCGAAGCCAUGCUGAAAUUAGACGCCGGUACAGGCACUGAUUUGAUACAAGCUAAAGUGGAAGUGAAAGAGAAUUUUAAGGAGCUAAAAAGAAAAGAAAAAGAAUUAGACAAACGAUUAGAACAUACAAAAGAACUGGAAAAACGUUUAACCGAUGAAAAAAACAGAUUGCAAGAAUUAGACGACCAAAUUAAAAUGAAAUCAAUUCGUGCUGAAAAAAUGUUUAAGAUGGCACUUUCAAAACAAGAAGAAGGUCUAAAGGCUUUGGAGAAUGCAAAAGAUAUUCAAAAUAAGUUCGAUAAAAAAGGUAAAGAUAUUCAGAAUCGACUGUUGGACGUUAUGAAACGAGAAGAAAAUAUUGUCAUAGAAGAAUCUAAAAUAGCCAAAGAAAAGGACGCGUUUAGCAAAUUACGAAAAAAAUUGGAUCUGGUCCUACCUCAAUUGUCCGAAAGUGAAAUGCGUUUUUUAGAUCCUAAGUUAAAUAAACACGAAGCUGAAAAGGAAAUAUACUUUAAGAAAACUCAGUUAUACUAA